AUGACUCUAUUAUUUAAUUUUAGACUCUAUAAACUUUUUGGAAGAUUUUUCGCUAUUUAUCCGAUCCAUAAAAAUGCUCCAAAACUCGAAAUAUUCAUGAAUCAGUGCAUUUGGUAUUUUCACUUUAUUAACCAAACCGUUUGUAUAGGAUCGAUGAUACAAUUCGUCUUCUGCAGUAAAUCAGAUUUAUCUACUUUUUUUAUAUGUGGCAUGGAGAUACUUAUUGGUUUUGAAGUCAUCAUAGUGCUUUUAUAUUCUAAAUUUCAAGAAACAAAAAUCCAGAAGUUAGUAAAAAUGUUCGAAGAUGCACUUUCAAGUCCAAACAAACGGAAAGUGGAACUAAUACAAAAGCAUGGAUUAUUCUACAUCAUGCUGUAUCUCAUCGAAACUAAUUACGUGGGUUGUUUUUUUGUUUUAAAAUCACUAAUCAUGUUAUUUCUGUACUUUAUUGUUGGAGGUUUGGAAAUGUUUACUUUUGAGUCGUCUAUAGUUACUCGAUUGAUAGUCAUUAUACUGAUAAUUAGUGGAGUUCAAAGAUUAUAUGUAUUUUCCCUAUUUACUGAAAAUUUAAAGCAAUUGGGGUUAGACAUAGGACUGGCUGUAUACUCAUCUCAGUGGUACGACCAAAGCCGUAAAAAUGCAUUAGCUAAGUCCAUCGUAAUAUGCAGAAGUCAAAAACCACUAAUUGUAUCAAUUCCUGGAAUAUUGGAUUCAUGGGGAAUGAGAUAUUUAGGUCGUUUUCUAUACUUGGUAUUUUCCUACAUUAUGACUUUGAGAGCGAUAAUUCAAUUGUGAUGUGUGAGUCUAUUUUUUUAUUCUAUAC